UAAAGAGCAGUUUCCUUACAAUAGCUUCCCAGGAAAUACGAUUCUACGAAAGUUGUGGCUUCAUAUUAUUUCAAGUGAGGGAGGAAUUUUCGUUCAACAAAAGAUCAUCGUGUAUUCAGUGCUCACUUCGAAAGGGCUAAAAUCACACUAAACAACGAACCAACUGUGGCUUCUCUAUAAAAACCUUACUCUAAAGUGGCAAUAACACUUAGAGGGUCCCUUUUUCGCGUCGAAGAGAUUGAAAAAAACCGAGCCAAUAAACGUGGAGGAAAAUCGAGACAGUAUGGUCAAUGAACUACUUGCUCUGCACAGACAGGUGAGUAUUUAACAAUUUUUCGCCUUAGUGGAGGUAAAUAUCCACUACUUUCACCAACACUGAGGUAAAUAAUUAUUUAGUACAUACGAAACAGAAACCAAACUUCUUUUAUUUCUGUCGAUGGACCGAAAAGUGGCGGUGGGAAAUUUAACUCCUUAUCUGGGGCCUAAAAGAGCCGGAAUCCGGCCAGACUGCGUCCCUUUUACGCGUCGAAGACAUUGAGAAAAACCGAGCCAAUGUGUCGGAGGAAAAUCGAGACGGUAUCGUCAAUGAACCCUGUCACGCAGACCAAAUAAUCACACUCAGAAAAUAACUUGCAACACUUGAAUUUCGUGAUCUAAUGAUGUUGCAUUUAGAUAAAUAUACACGUUUAACGCCACAAGAUGAAUACACAUCAUCUAUUUGCCAGAUAGACGAAUAUUUAGAUGUAAAGAUGUGUAGAUGUGAUUCGACUGAAAGUAGGUAAUUUGAAAUAUAAAUAUCUAAGUUCAUAUAUAACAACAACAAGAGUAACGACAAAGCUAAAUGAAAUAGAAACGAACUUGUAACGUACCAAGGUCCUUCAGUAAAACUAAAAAGCAACACGGCGCUACCAAAAACUAACGAAACGACUUCUCUCUAGUCUUUAAGAUGAUUUCGAUGCUUUCCAUGGCUUUGCUUCUAGUUUUUCCAUCGAGUGUCUAGAUUUCUUUAGCAGAUUAUGUACAUUGUUUGUCGCCACGGUGCAUCGAGGUUUCAUGUUUACCAAACUCGCUCAGUUGCGUAUUUCGUUCACAAAUUAUUUUUUAGAUUAACAUAGUUCCUCAGACCUUUCCUAAAGCACUCGAGAGAUCGCAAAUCGGAGUAAUAAUUUCCCCUUUCUUUUCGGUGAGUGAUUUCUAGGAAACGGGUCAUGAAGUCGCAUGUCUGGACAAUGGCGUCGCACGUUUUUCAUUUAAUUUAGCCGUUUAUUUUAAUUCAGCACGCAAUUUAUUAUCUUCACAAAGAUUUUUUUGAUACCACUGUCUUAGAUUUACCAUUAUAGGUUAAAUUAACCGAAGUAAAGGUAACUUUUAAAGGCAUAGAGUAUUUUUUCCACGAAUCCCAAAAGCGUCAUGUCUUUCCGCGAUGUUCGCGUAGCUCUUUUCUUGAUGAUUGCAAAAACAAUUCUAAGAAAGAUAUAAAGUAAUUUUUGGUGAUAGUCUCCCUGUAAAUAAGCAAAAUGUGUAUAAUGUUCGUCCUCCUUGAACGUCGAGGUUGCAUGUUUACCUAACUCAGUCGUUCAGUUGCGUAUUUCGACCAUAAAGUUGGCUGAGUCGCAUUUGUUGAUCCACCGGCAUUUAAAUUUCACUUUCUUGGUAGCAUAUGUCUUCAGAUCUUUCUCAAAACACUCAAGAGACGCGAAUUAGAGUAACAUUUAUCCCCUCCUUUUCGGUCAGUGAUUUCUAAGAAACGAGUGAAUGUCUGGAAAACCAUUUCUCACGUUUUACCUCACUCACUUUUAUUUAAUCCAGCUAACAAUUUAUUAGCUUCGAAGAAGAGUGUUUUAAUGGCAUUGUCUUGAAUAUAAGAAACUGUUGGUAAAAUUAACUGAAGUAAAGGUAGAAUCCUGAAGCGUGAUAUUAAAGCGUAAUGGCACUGUCUUGGGUCUUUAUUUAAUCCAGCAUGCAAUGUAUUAGCUUCGAAGAAGCGUGUUUUAAUGUCACUGUCUUGGAUCUAAGAACUGUUGGUAAAAUUAACUGAAGAAAAGGUACCUCUGGAAAGCAUAGUGUAUUUUUUUCUGAGAAUCUUGAAGCGUGACAUUAAAGCGUAAUGGCACGGUCUUGGGUCUUUAUUUAAUCCAGCAUGCAAUUUAUUAGCUUCGAAGAAGAGUGUUUUAAUGUCACUGUCUUGGAUCUAAGAGCUGUUGGUAAAAUUAACUGAAGUAAAGGUACCUCUGGAAAGCAUAGAGUAUUUUUCUGGGAAUCCUAAAGCGUGAUCUUAUGUUGUUGUGUGUAGAUAAAUACUACACGUUUAAUGCCACAAAUGAAUGCACAUUUGAUCUAUUUGCCAGAUAGACGAAUAUUUAGAUGUAAAGAUGUGUAGAUGUGACUAGACUUAGAACGGUAAUUUGAAAUUUAAGUAUCUAAGUGCAAAUAUAACAAUAACAAGAAUAACGACAAAGCAGUACAUGAAAUAGAAACAAACUUGUGGCAUAACAAGGUCCAGCAGUAAAACUCAAAAGCAAAACGAAGCAAGCAACAAUUAACGAAACGACUUACUUAGUUGAAAUCAAUUAGCAAUGAGAAUUAUCUAGAUAAAACAACAAGCAUACUGGCGAGAAAUAAAUCACUACCAGAGUAACUUGCUUUUUACAUAUCCUCACGCAGAAACGCGAACUGAAUGGAAUGGUUGAAACAGAGCAUCACAAUAGUAGUUGAAUAGAAAGAAAAACAACGAACAAGCUUAAGGAUCAGUUGGAUGCAAUUGGAUCCAGACAGAGAAGAUGGAACCAGGUAAUAUGCUCUUACUAAUAUUUUCACAUUUUUUCCUCAUUUUUUCUGCACGAUUGCGGAUCCUUCUAAAUACGAGAGGGAAACUUAUUUUUCAGGUUUACUACGGUUGUAGUCAGCUUAUUUGAGGACUAUUGAAAUUCUUCGUGAAUAUUUUGUAAUAUUUUCUCGUAAUAUUUCGAGAUCACUAAUUGAUAACGAUUUCACAAUAAAACUUAGCUUACGCAAGGAGACAAGUUUAUCGGUAUAUUUUAUAGCCGAUUUCAUGGUUGGUUUCCAAAAAAGAAAAAAAUUAAAAAAAAAUUAUUUCAUUCAAAGUCAUGUUGGUCAUAAGAGCGUCGAUGGACUGAAAUAUUAUAGCGCAGCCGCUAGAAUUAAGCUCGGCGCACCGCAGUUGCUGAUGUUCGCUUCUUCUUUUGUUUUUGUCGUUGUUGUCGUUGUUGUUGUUGUUUUUAAUUUAGAAGGCCUAAUCACCUUGUUUGCUUUGAUUUACAGAAGGGUUUCUCGACCUAGAAAUUUUAAAAUGGCAUUGACAUUUGUCAAAGGCGUGAUACAGUCAGUUUUCGAUUAUUUUGUGUUGCCGUUUUCUUUCGUUUUUCAAGGAAUAAAUCAUCAGUUAUACUGAUGGGGUUCUCGCAUGCAAACAUAUAUAUAUAUGUGUAGUUGAUAAUUUAUAUUUGAGGUCUAAAUGCAAUGACGAUUUCACAGUAAACCUUACUCAAGGAAAAAAGUUUAUCGGUAUAUUUUGUAACAUAUUCCACGGUUAAUCAGACAGAAUCUUACUAUUCACUCGUUUCAUCAUUGUCAAAAGUCAUCUCUGAUAAAACUGCGGCGAAAAGUUAUCGACCUCUCGACAAAAUUGUUUCGUCGGACCUCAAAAGAACCCUUCACCAUAUAUUUCCUACCUGCAACUAGCAGUGUUUGCAACCCCGCGAUCCCAGAAACCUUUGCGCACAACACAAGGAUCCGUUUAUUAGCAACUCAAACAUUUGACUCAACCCGACGCGUAAACAGGGUGGGACUGAUAAUAGACAGAAGUCUGAGCGCAGAUCAAUUCUUCAAGGAACAGGAUUAAGAUGGUCUUCAACAUUUUAUUUGUCUUUGGUAAGUUAAAAUACCUUUCGAAACAACUUUCAAAAGCAUCAUUGUCAUGUUGCGUUUUUAGCUGCAAAGCCUUCGCAGGUCUAGCAUAUAAUUCAAACACUGCGAGGCUAUCACUGUGCAAAGACCCAUAGUUUGCAUUCGAAUUUUCAUUGUGAUAUUUGUUUCAUCCGUUUUAGUAAUGAUGUUGACUUCUAUACAGUCUUUCCGAUGAUUUCAUUAGUUUGGAUGGCUUCGUUUCUAGUUUUUCUGUCGAGUUUUUAGUAUUCUUGAGCAGAUUAUGUUUAAUGUCCAUCGCCCUGAAGCGUAAAGGUUGUAUAUUUACCUAACUCGCUCGUUGCCUAUUUCACUCACAAUAUUGGCAAAGUUCCUGUUGUCGAUCCACCAGGAUUUCAAUAUUUUUCUUUGUUGUUGAUAAACUUUCUCAGACCCUUCUUAAAGCAAUUGAGAUUUUGCAAAUCGGAAUAAUUCUUCUCCUUUGUCUUUGGUAAGCGAUGUUGAAGGAACGAAUCUCUAAAAUCGCAUGUUUGGAGAAUCAUUUUGCUCGAUCUUAUUUCAAGAAUGUCACUAUCUUGGAGCUUUAAAUUGUUGGUGAAAUAAACUGAAGUAUUAGUAGCUUUGGAAAGCGUAGAGUAUCUUCUUUUUUCCAAGAAUCCUCGAGCGUCAUUUCUUUCCGCGAAGUGCACUGAUGAUAGCUCUUCGCAAUGCAGGCGUCUCUUUAGGGAGCAUAAACGCUACACAAGCUCGCGAUAAUUGGUUGUUCAGUAUAGGCUAGAUUAUGAGCUGAGUCGCACUAGAGCGCAUUGCUUUCGCGAGUCAACAAUUGGGAACAUUUUUCGCAUUUUCCAAAUUUUGGUUGCGGUUGCAUCAAACUAGUGUUCUUUGAACAAAAACGAACUGAUUGAUUCGUACGUCAAUCAUAAACUCGUCUCGCUGUUUUGAUUGACGGUUGCGCCUCUUGUGCUGGCUAAAAAAAAAAGAAACUCUAGUGCGAACUAAGCCUAUGUUGGAUAUAAAAGUCUCGCUUGUAAUUUUGUAUUUCACGGUGACCUUUGGUUGCAGUUAAACGUUUGGGUGUCAAGUCGUAUUUUUUUAGGAAAUAGCAUGGUUUCUAGGGAUUUCAGUAAAAACAUGGCGAGUGACAUUUGAAAUUCACCAAAAUAUCAUGAGCAGCAAAGCGGCGAGUUGUACAUGGAAGCCCUGUCAUGAAGAACAGGUUGCACUGGGAGAAUGUGAGAAAGUCAUACAAACGCGAGAAGCUACGGAUGGCUUGCAUGACUUUCUCAAAUUCUCCCAGUCCCUUCUCCCUUCCUCCUCGUGUUUAGUUGAGACUAUGUAAACAGAAAACAUCUGGCCAAAUUGGUAAAGCUAUAAACAACGUAUUCAGUGAUAAGGUCCGACUGUUCAGCUGUCGUGAGAAAACCACAGAUCUCGGCAUAGCUGUAUUGACCUCGCCACGUACUCUUUGACAUCAUUCUGGCUAAGAGGUAGUCAACAUGUACAAUUAAUGUAUUUCAAUCAAAUAAUUUUAAUUUGACUUUUCUUUUUUUUUUUUUGCUUUUAUACAGUUUUUCUUGUCGGAAGCAAUGCCGCCCUUUCUAACGUGGGCUCUUGUACUUUCAUGGAGUGUUCGUAAAUGCAAUACUGCUUUUUAUAAAUCGUUGCAGAAGGACCCAAAGGCAAAUUGUGGGUAAGUUCAUUUGAAGAGUGAACGUUCUUAAGGACAUAAGUCUGCCAACUGCCAAACAGCUGUUUGUUAAGUAUCUGUUGGGCUACGAGUGAAAUUUUCCUCAUUUGUUAUUGAUGUCUUACAUUUACCGAACUCCAUAGCCAUUCGUUUCGCAUUCGUUUUUUUGUAGUUUCUAACUGUCAAUUCUCUUUACUAGUCUCUUCUCCAUCCUUCGCCAUCCUGAUGUCUUUUAGUUGGUUGUUGCCUUUUGUUAGUUUUUCUCUUAUCUUCAGCUGUUUUUCUUUUCUUUUUUAAAAUAAAAGCCAGUCUUCAGCCCCACAUAAAAUAUAUCAAAGCAUCUCAAUUUGGUUCGACUGUUUGACCAGGUUUUUAUCUUGUUCGCAUUACAGUGUGGAACUUAGCAAACUGAAGAAUUGUAUUAUCUACGUGAUGAAGGUCUGCGUUGAAGAUUCACUGGAAAAAAGUCAGGUCAGAGAAAUCAUUGACCAGGCCGUGACGGAAGAACAGCAUUGUCUGGAUGGUUCUAUGGAAAUUCCCACCAUGCCGCCAACCGACGGAUCGAUUUGUCCAGCAUCAUUCAGCAAUGAUGCAGACACUUGCCUUCGAUCUUUUCACCAAAAGUUUGCCAAGGACAAAUCAGAUCCCGCUCUUUGCUCGUAAGUUUAACGUAUAUACAUUUUUACAAUAUACAUUUUUUUACAUUUUAUACACUUUAUAUAGGUGGGGGGGGGGGAGGGGAAGAAAGGUGUGCGGACUAAAGGAGCGCGACACUCGUUCUUACAGCUUUACUAUGCAUGCAGUAAUCAGGUUGCUUUAAAAUGAAACAAAAGGAUCACAGAGGUUUGGAGAGGGUUAUGGGCACCCCACGACCACCCUCCCCCCCUUUCCCUCUCCCCCUCCCUACUACGCCCUUGAACCUGCAUUUAUAAAUGCUAAUCACAUAUUUAUUUCUCUGGUGGCUAUGGAAAUAGCGUCUCCCUCAACAUACUCAGGGACACCACACAAUUAAUCUGACGGGACCCAGUGAAUACUUUCCGCUCUAUUAAGAGGCCAGCGCACCAGAUAGUAUUGCACUACUAUAUUCUUUAGAGGACAUUCAUUUUUCUAAUUUAUUUAUUGUUAUUUUUUAUUCAUUUAUUUUUUUAAUGAACGUUAUGAAUUUUGUAUCUUCCAGAGAAAGUGCUAAAGCGAAGAGGUGUUUAAAGAACCUGAUCGAUUCUGACUGCAACUUCCCCUCCUACAUUAAGGAAGUGUUGGACUUGAGUUAUGGUGACUACAAUCCUUUCUGUGCAAACAAUCGGGACCCUGGGGCGACCGGAAAUGAUCAGUGCUCUGGCGUGCAGGAUAAGAGCGGUGAUGCAUUGAAAUAUUUCGAUGCAGCCGCUGGAAUCAAGUCCGGUGUACUGCAGACGAUGAUGUUUGCUUCCUUUUUGUUGUUUUUCGUUUUUAAAGUUUAAAAGGCUUUAGCCCCUUGUUUGUCUUGAGUUACAGAAUAGUUUCUAGACUUAGAAAGUUUAAAAUGACAUUAGACACUUUUCAGAGCGUGUUUCAGUAAAAUGUUUGUGUUAGUUUUUGGUUUUAUAUUGGUUUUGUUUUCUUGUGUUCUUCGAGGGGUAAAUCGUCAUUUAUAGUCGGGGUUUCAGCAUGAC